GUCUCUGGUGACAGCCUCUCACGAAGAGCCCCUCUCUUGAUCAGCUUUGUCCCUCCAGGGUGCACAUCCUGGAGGAGGGUGAAGCGAGUUGGAGGUAUGUUUACCUUCAGCGAGUUUCUUUUGUUUUGAUGAGUGAGUCAUGUGAACAGGCUGGGAAGCCUCUUCGGUUGCUCUUGUGAUUGUGUUUUUCAAAUUGGUUUUGGAAGAGGUUUUGUGUGACGGGCCGGGAUCACCCCUCUCUGCGGCACCGACUGGAACCGUAGAAGGAAGGCUGUCUAGCCGUCCUCCGGAGGGCCGCGCUGGGCAUGGAUACCUUUCUCCGCGUCUGGAGGAGCACGUGCCAUAGUGUCAUCGACCAGUCACGACGCUGCUAAGGCCGUCCCAGGGACGCGGGCGCCAGCAGAGGAAGGCGGCGUCGGGCGGCCACAUCGCCAUGCCUUUCGGCCUGAAGCUCCGCCGGACGCGGCGCUACAACGUCCUGAGCAAGAACUGCUUUGUCACACGGAUCCGCCUUCUGGACGGCAAUGUGAUCGAGUGCACGCUGUCGGUGGAGAGCACCGGGCAGGAGUGCCUGGAGGCGGUGGCCCAGAGGCUGGAGUUGCGGGAGACGCACUACUUUGGCCUUUGGUUUCUCAGCAAGAGCCAGCAAGCACGAUGGGUGGAGCUGGAGAAACCUCUGAAGAAACAUCUGGACAAGUUUGCUAAUGAGCCUCUGCUUUUCUUCGGAGUCAUGUUCUAUGUGCCAAAUGUGUCAUGGCUACAGCAAGAGGCCACAAGAUAUCAGUAUUACCUGCAAGUCAAAAAAGACGUGCUGGAGGGGCGGCUGCGGUGUACGUUGGAACAGGUGAUCCGGCUGGCCGGCUUGGCUGUGCAAGCUGAUUUUGGAGACUACAAUCAGUUUGAUUCUCAAGAUUUCCUCAGAGAAUAUGUGCUAUUUCCUAUGGAUUUGGCCCUGGAAGAGGCGGUUCUGGAGGAGCUCACACAGAAGGUAGCCCAGGAACACAAAGCCCACAGUGGAAUCCUGCCCGCGGAAGCUGAGCUCAUGUACAUCAACGAAGUGGAACGUUUGGAUGGAUUUGGACAGGAGAUCUUCUCUGUGAAGGACAAUCAUGGAAACAGUGUGCACCUGGGCAUUUUCUUCAUGGGGAUUUUCGUGAGAAACAGAAUCGGAAGACAAGCAGUAAUAUACAGGUGGAAUGAUAUCGGGAACAUCACUCACAACAAGUCUACUAUUCUAGUGGAGCUCAUCAACAAGGAAGAGACUGCCCUCUUUCACACGGACGAUAUUGAAAAUGCCAAGUACAUUUCUCGGUUGUUUGCUACACGGCACAAGUUUUACAAACAAAACAAAAUCUGCACUGAACAAUCAAAUUCUCCACCCCCCAUCAGACGCCAGCCCACCUGGAGCCGGUCCUCUCUGCCCCGACAGCAGCCGUACAUCUUGCCUCCCAUGCACGUCCAGUGUGGGGAACACUACUCGGAAACACACACUUCACAAGACAGCAUCGUCCACGGGAACGAGGAGGCCUUAUAUCGCAACUCUCACAACAGCCUGGACUUGAACUAUUUAAACGGCACCGUCACCAACGGCAGCGUGUGCAGUGCGCACAGCAUCAACUCCCUCAGCUGCUCGCAGACGUUCGUCCAGGCCUCUCCCGUGUCCUCCAACCUCAGUAUCCCGGGGAGCGACAUCAUGCGGGCGGACUACAUCCCGAGCCACCGGCACAGCGCCAUCAUCGUGCCGUCUUACCGGCCGACCCCCGAUUACGAGACAGUCAUGCGACAGUUGAACAGGGGGGUCCUGCCCACGGACAGCCAGAGCCAGUCUCUGCGAAACCUCAACAUCAUCAACACGCACGCCUACAACCAGCCGGAGGAUCUGGUGUACAGCCAGCCCGAGAUGCGGGAGCGGCACCCCUACACCGUCCCCUACGGGCCCCAGGGUGGCUACGGUAACAAGCUCGUCAGUCCGUCCGACCCGAUGAACCCAAAAAACUGCGCAGUGCCGAGCAAGCCGGCGGCCAGCGCCAUCUCCCACACGGUGAGCACCCCCGAGCUGGCCAACACGCAGCUCCAGGGCGCGCAGAGCUACAGCGCGGCCCACAUGCUCAAAAACUAUCUCUUCAGGCCGCCGCCCCCCUACCCGCGGCCGCGCCCUGCCACCAGCACCCCGGACCUCGCCAGCCACCGCCACAAGUAUGUCAGCGGCAGCAGCCCCGACCUGGUGACCCGCAAAGUGCAGCUCUCGGUGAAGACCUUCCAAGAGGACAGCUCCCCGGUGGUGCACCAGUCUCUGCAGGAGGUGAGCGAGCCCCUCACGGCCACCAAGCACCACGGCCCCGUGAAUAAGCGCCACAGCCUGGAGGUGAUGAGCAGCAUGGUGCGGGGCAUGGAAGCCAUGACCUUGAAGUCCCUCAACAUCCCCAUGGCUCGCCGGAACACCCUCCGGGAGCAGGGGCCCCCCGAGGAGGUGCCCGGGAGCCACGAGGCUCACCAGCUUCCCCAUUACCACCACAAGAAGACUCUCUCCGACGCCACCAUGCUGAUCCACAGCAGUGAGAGCGAGGACGAGGAGGACGAGGAGGUCCCGGGCUCGGUGCCACAGAUCCCUGUGCUCCGGGAAAAGAUGGGGUACAGUGCCCAGCUACAGGCAGCCUUGGCCCGGAUCCCAAACAAACCCCCACCCGAGUACCCCGGCCCAAGGAAGAGCGUCAGCAAUGGGGCACUGAGGCAAGACCAGGUUGGCCUGCCUCCUGCCGUGGCCAGGGCCAGGGUCCUGAGACACGGGCCGGCCAAGGCCAUCAGCGUCUCCCGAGCCGACCAGCUGGCCGUGGCCGGGCCUUCCCUCGGUCCGUCCAUCUCUGAACCCGACCUGACGAGCGUGAAGGAGCGGGUCAAAAAAGAGCCUGUGAAGGAGAGACCCGUGUCUGAGAUGUUCUCGCUGGAAGACAGCAUUAUAGAGAGAGAGAUGGCGCUCAGGAAUCUAGAGAAGCAGAAGAUGGCCACUCUGGAGGCACAGAAGCGGCCGCUCAUGUUGGCAGCAUUGAAUGGACUCUCCGUUGCCCGGGUCUCGGGGCGGGAAGACAGUCGAGCCGAUGCCACCCGAGUUCCCAUGGACGAGAGGUUCAGAACCCUGAAGAAAAAGCUAGAGGAGGGAAUGGUGUUCACGGAAUACGAGCAGAUUCCGAAGAAGAAGGCGAACGGCAUCUUCAGCACGGCCGCGCUGCCCGAGAACGCCGAGCGAAGCCGCAUCCGCGAAGUGGUCCCCUAUGAGGAGAACAGGGUGGAGCUGGUCCCGACCAAAGAGAAUAACACGGGUUACAUCAACGCCUCCCACAUCAAGGUGGUGGUUGGUGGGGCAGAAUGGCACUACAUAGCCACUCAGGGGCCCCUGCCACACACGUGUCAUGACUUCUGGCAGAUGGUGUGGGAGCAGGGAGCGAACGUGAUUGCCAUGGUCACUGCGGAAGAGGAAGGUGGACGAACCAAGAGCCACCGAUACUGGCCCAAACUGGGUUCCAAGCACAGCUCGGCCACCUAUGGCAAGUUCAAGGUCACCACAAAGUUCCGAACAGAUUCCGGUUGCUAUGCAACCACAGGGUUGAAGGUCAAGCACCUUUUGUCUGGGCAGGAAAGGACGGUGUGGCAUUUGCAGUAUACGGACUGGCCAGAUCACGGCUGCCCAGAGGACGUCCAAGGAUUUUUAUCCUACCUGGAGGAGAUCCAGUCGGUCCGUCGCCACACCAACAGCAUGCUGGAAGGCCCCAGGAGCCUGCACCCCCCCAUCGUGGUCCACUGCAGCGCUGGGGUGGGGCGGACCGGCGUGGUCAUUCUUUCUGAGCUGAUGAUCUACUGCCUGGAGCAUAACGAAAAGGUGGACGUGCCUGUGAUGCUGCGGCUGCUCAGGGAGCAGAGGAUGUUCAUGAUCCAGACCAUCGCCCAGUACAAGUUUGUCUACCAAGUGCUCGUCCAGUUCCUCCAAAACUCCAGACUCAUUUAACCCCCCCGACCCAGCUCCUGCAAGAGGACCCAGCUCCGUCGUGCAGACGGGGAGGCACCCCCAGACAGCAUCUCCCCCCGAGGGGCGUGGAUGGCCAGAGCAGGCAGGUCAUGGGCUCCCUGAGGACAGGAGCCGAGAGGAUUCACAAACAUCAUAGAUUAUUUUAUAUGAGAUAAUUUAUUUUUUCCCCCUUUGGGAUAACUUUUGUGAAUCAUUGUAAUUCAGUUUUCACAAUAAUAUAGUACCUUUCAUUUGAACCAUAUUUUGACUGAUCUGCAUUGUAAAUAUGUCAGUAGGAAGGGUUGUCUGGUAGAUCAUCUGGCAGACAGAGGCAUAAAGGGAAGACAUCUCUAGUGAAGUUGUGGCCAGAUUAGUAACUGACCCUGAAUUCAUCAGCCUCAUCUUCACAUCCAAAUCCAACAUGGCAAGAAAAUUAAUUUGUUCUAAAAUUAAAAGAUAGGGGCCAAGGCCCUUCCCUGAAGGGAUAAAACAACAACAACAAAGAAAACCCCACUAUUCUCUUAUAUUUGGGGGCUCAUGAGCCUUGAUGGCCAGUGGCCUCCCUUCUUCCUUUCUGCCCUCAUGCUCAGCAGCUGAAGUUAAAGACAGGAUCAGCCCUCACCCAGGCUGAGCGAGGAGCUCUGCACUGUACCUUUCUCAGCACUCCCUUCUGCUGGAGUCCGGAGCCUGUGUUCCCUGCCAGGGAAGCACCCGUCUCCACUACUGCUCCCUGUUUGCUCGGUGGGCCCCAGUCCGGUGGUCUUUGAGGCUCUGGGCCAGGCCAUCUGUGCAGCUAGGCCUCCUGCCUGAUGAGAGAAGAUAAUGGACCCGGGUGGGAAGAGAAAGGAGACGGGUAGGAUCUUGAUAACAUUUUUUAUUUAAAUAGUCUUUGUGUGCUGGACAGAGGCAUGAAGGUCGAGGUGCUGGGUACAUUCUGUCUUUCCAUCAGUCACCAAGUCAUUGGAAAUGCUGUAAAGGGAACAGCUGGAAAAGCUGAUUGAUGGGGGCUCUUUGGCACUCAGGUGGUGGGGCCCCGGCCAAGAAGUACACUGGGAAGCCCCUCCCAGCUGUGCGGCUCUCGCUGCGGGCUUUGGCCUACAGGAGCAGUGCUAAGCCCACUCGGGACCCUGUCCUCCACCUUUUGGCCACUGGAUACAAGAUGCGGGGAUCUGUCUCACACAAAGCCCUUUACUGCUUCCCUGUGCUCCGUGCAUCCCCUCUCCGGACACUUCACGGCUCACCUCUGUGUGUCGCCUCCUGAGCCUACGCUGGUCAUUGUCCUGAAUUUCUUAGGUCAGUACACGGCAAAUCGUGCCACACCUUUUCCCUCUAGCUGGAUUUUAGGACUUCGCUUCUCUCCUGUCUUCGUUCUUUCUUGAAUGCAACUUUCAAACCGUGGCUUUGUUCUUAGAAUUGGCAUUUGUAGGUGUCCCCUCACAUAAGCUUUCCUCUGCUGCCGCCGUUUUGUGUUGUUUUUCCUGAGCUGAACAUGUUCAGAAAGAAUGGCAUCAGGUCAGCCAGGAAGAGCGAGCCUGCGUGACCAGCGGUUACCCGUGGCCCCAGAGGGCGUGGAAGGGGGUUCCCGAUGAACUGCUUUGGAGCAGAAGCCCGCUCCAUUUCACACUGGGCCAGGGGCUGUGGCGGCAGGUUACUCACUUAGACUCAGAGUACCUGGUGAUGAAGGGCCUCCUCUCUUCUACUCCAAAGUCUGAAGCAUCAGACAAGGAGGGUAACUUCAACUAAGCUCUCGAGAUGGUAAAAUUUACGUGUGCGUUCUAGAAAAGAAAACCAUGAGUAUGCCCUACGCUUUCAACGGCACAGAGCUCCUCACCCUCACCAGGAGACACCUGGAGCUUGGAUCAUCAACAGGCAAAGAGGUAUCUGUUUCCUUUCCUUGGACACUUUUCCAUCCUCAGGAUAGUCUGCCAUUUGGGAUGUUUUCACAGUUGGUCUGCAGCUCUUGGCUUCUCUGAUGAUCGUCCGUAUUCCUGUUCCAUCUCUCCGGCCCCAGCGCGGGCACUGUGAGAUCGAGUCUCGCGUGGGCAGCACGUAGAGCCGCUGUCUCUUUGAGCUCAUCGCACCUGCUCUUCCUUUCAACCUGCCCGCCGCUGUCACUUUGUGCUGCGGGAGUCGCCGUUAAUGCACACAGCGCAGGGAAGGGGUAGGUUUGCUGUCCAGUCGCCUCACCGAAGUUUCUGUCGAAACCCAAAGGAAACCCCUUAAAAGUUACUCCACGUAUUUCAUUUUUAAAAACAAAUGUUUUUGGUUCUGUCACGCAUUCUGCAUUCAUUUUCCCCAUCUCCAGCGAAUGCCAGCACAGCUCCUGUGAAAUUAGCAGCAGGCAGCGAAAGUCCUUCUAGUGGCAUCUGCAUAAUAAUUGCACAGAGAUGCUUUACAUCUGGGAAGCAAGCCAAGGAAUAAACCUUGAAGCAAAGUGUAUUAAAUUAGUUAUCUAGUUAGAGCUUUUGGACUGAGUUCCUGAUGAUGGAUCAAGUCUGAAGCUGGAGCUGUCGGGGUCUAUUUUUUUCUGUUUGGAUUUGAAGAGAGAAAAUGAAAAAGCGGGGGGGGAAGGGAGAUACCAUCUUGCAGCAAAGCCAUUCACCACUUUGGGGCCUCUGGUUUUUAAGUUUUCCAGUUGAAAUGUUUCGUUUCUGUGACCUGCACUCAUUUGGGCACAGGGAGCCAUUUGUCCUUGUUUGCCGUGGUCCCUGGAUGGCAGGGGCCGAGUCUGAUGUCUUCAUCCUUGAGCGGAGCUUAGCUGAGCCUACUGGUUCUCUUGGGCUCUAAGGAGACACCACCUUUCAUAGGAUUUAUGUUUAACACACCUCUUUCCUUGGUUAGGAGGUAAAAGAGGAUUUGGCUGCAUUUGAGAGCAGCGCCAAAUGUUGAUUUCUUUACAGGAGAGGAAAGAGGAAUGAGCUCCUCUUCUCAGUGAGUAGGCAACAGCAAGAUUGGGAAAGGGGAAAACCUCUCAACAUGGAAUAUUUUGAGCACUGUGCUUCCAGGGAGCUUAAAUGGAGAGAAUUUUACUUUUACAAACUUUAUGAUCCUAGAUUUAGAUUAAGAAGAGGAACCAUGAUUUAUCUAUGAUUUGAUUUUUCCUGUGAUUUACGUCUCAUUGCUUGUCUUGGAGACUCAUGUGGCUGUCUCCGGCCCCUUCUUCCCCCAGCCUGGUCGGAGGGGCUCUGUGGGCCCCGCCGAAAGGGUUCCUGUGGGACCUGACCGCCGGCUUUCCCAAUACUCUCUUAUCCUUUAUCUUGUCUACUCUUAGCUUUUGAGACUCAGUUUUGGACCCUAGGGCGUGCAGGAGGUCAGCGUUCUUACCAGCUGCCUACUUCUCUCAUCUUUUCAGCUUAAUUACAGGUUGACCAUAGGAAAUUGACAGUAGCUGGGCCAUUUUUUGUUACAGUAACCGAAAACUCGCAUGAAUCAACCUAAUCUCUACAACAUUUUUCUUCCCCAAUAUAGUAAGGUCCCAGCACACCGUAUGUCAUUUCUCCGCACAGGUGCAAAUGAACAGGAAAGCAUGUGAAAUGCGCAGCUUGGCCUUGCCGUGGUGAGCUUUGCCCUCAGUGCACAGGUCACCUCCUGGGGCUGGGAAGUCGCUCUUUGCAGAGAUGUUAGUACACCUAGAUGUUAGAAUGUUCUCAUAGGCAGCGUUGGCCAUCAGGCACAUCACUGUGGGGUUCAGCAGCCCUCUUUUGACAUACAAUUUGUGUUAGCCCAGUGGUCACAGCACAUGGUGUGUGGGCCUGAAGGUGUCCACAGCCAGAAAGUAGAAUGUGCUUUCAAAUCUCAUUCCUCCACUUCUCGUGAUGUGUCUGAUGGUGAAAGCAAGUAUAACUAUUGACUUUCUUUCUGGGGAGAUGUGUCCACCAUUUUGAGAUGCAGGGAGUGCCAGGGAGCUGAGACACAAGGGACAGGACUGGGUCAGACCCACGUGACUGUUACUCUGUUCCUUCUCCUUCCUCCAUUUUGGCAAAAGCUCUUGGGGGUCCUAGAGGAGGAAAUUUCCAGAAGUACCAAGUAAUCACUGUUGGGGUCCUUAGGCGGUCCUGUGUGGGCAAAUCUGCUUCCUCGUGUUUUACCAAAGACUCUUCUGCUGCCCUGUUUUGCUUUAUUCCUAUUAUUUUAUCAGCUCUAUUCCUAUGAUUUUUCAGGCUUUUAGUGAUUUCUUUUUGUGAACAAAUUAGCCACUCAGCUACUUUUUCUACUGCUUCCAGGAGAGAUUCGGGUUUUCCAUGGACACUGCACAAGUUUCCCAGUGGCCUACAGCAUUCUGGAUGACAAAUUACUUGGCCCUAAAGGAUGGAAAUAAUCUUAGUUGGCCCUAUAGGGUGGAAAUCUCUAAGAUGUUAAAUUACAUUUGAAACUUCUCUUGGACGCUGUGCAAGAAAACAGAAUGGUUCUUGUCUCUGCCUCAGCUCCUCAGACAUCCUGGGGGCAAAAGACCUUAGUGAUGCCUUCUUUUAAAGUAACAACAAUGUGCCUGAGAGAGAGGUGAGGGUACAGACAACCAAAUCUGCCCAUCCAAAGGUGCUGCUCCAAAAGUCACUGUUACUCAUGGAAUUCCAUAAAACUCCACAGCCAGCUUGUCUAAUAUGUAACCCUUUUCCUGCCUAUGCUGAUGUUCUGCGUUUGGGUGAUAAACUCAGGUGGCUGAACGUUUGUGUUCUGCUACCUUUCUUAUCUCUUAGCGGAAUAGGACUGCAUCUUCUGCAAGGUCAGAUGAAAAAUGUUCCCUAUGGAUAUGUCCUUGAGCCUGGCAUAUGGAGUGUCUGGCCUCCAUCGACUGCAUGAGACCAGACAGCUGGUUGUUGGGGGCAGUGACGUGGGAGGGCGUGCAUCCGUUCCUACUGUGAGGAGUUUAAACAUAAGUCCAGGGAUCUUUUGUGACAAGGCAGGAGGACGAGAGCUGGUGUGUGGCCUGGCCAUGACGAGCAUCUGCGUCGAAAGUCCCUGUUUCUUCUGUGGUGCUCGGGCCGUCAGGAUCAUUUUUUCCCAGAGAUGCCAUAAGCUUGCCCAGGGAAGUCAUACGCGGGAAGAGGAAGAGGGAGGGCAUCUCUGAGCAGCCCGGAGGUUGCUAUCC